AUGUCUCGAAACGCCGCUGUCGAGUGCAUCCAACGCAACGCCGAAGCCUGGCUGGAACUGAUCCAGUGGCCGUGGUGGCAGGUCUUCUUAACCCUUCGCCAGAUAGCCCGCGCCGCCCGGUCUCAGACUGAGGCGGCGGCCGGAGACAGGUCGUCUGCCGCCCUCGGACAGCCGGUCAGCCGGCCGGCUUUGGAGGCCUCGUCC